AUCAAAACAACGCCGCACCAUCGUCCUCAUGGCCACCGAAAACUUUGGAGAGUAUGUCAUCGCGCGAGGUAUACCACGACAACGUCACAAUGAGCCAGUCCCUCUUCGUGGAGAAUUAGUCUACAGCAUGAGCAUGUUUCGAAGCAACGAAGAGUCGAGACCGAUUGGCGCCCGGUUUGAAGGACAGCGUAGAAAGGCAAUCUUUCACCUGAAGAAAUUUAUUAGAUAUCAAGAACCGAUCCGCGCGAAGCAAUACCUAGACAAGGACCACGAACCUGGAGCGAUGAUAAAUGCCAACGAUGCAGAUACAGAGAAUAUCCAUUUCGAAGUAGCACGAGAUCUCUUGCGUGUAGACCUGCGCUUCAUGCUGUCACUGCUGGACAGAAUCCUAGAGGCCGAAUCGUCGUACAAAGCGUUUCCCUACGUGCCCCGAUGUCUGCUUUACGUUUGUGGCUUUGGUUUGGCACAAGAAUUCGCCAGGACUCCAGAGGGAGGAUUCGGGGUUCCAAUGUCGACUGGGAAUACAUACAUGGGACUGAAAAGCCUGGCAACGGCUACACAGCGAUGGGUGCUAUCUUACCAACUGAGAUUCUCCGACUUUGCAUCCGUGCUUCUCUGGCACGCAACUGGAAAUGCAGCUGUGUUUUCAGCACGUAUAAGCGUCAUCCGUGCUAUCCUAUUGUUUGGCUUUGGCGCAUCUUGCAUAUGGACUGUGUACCAGUCCUUGAAAUUUGGAAUCAUUGUGUCGUGCAAGCAUUCUGUGAAGAGGUUAAGGAUGGCAGUUGGCCGCAAUCAUUUGGAGGAGGAUGAACAGAACUUGCUGUCGGGUUGGAAGUGGGAACUAUUGUCGUUCAUACAUAUGAUGCACUGAGAUCUAGCGCGUUCUGCUCAUCAUUUACAACGCACUUCGGGAUAUCUCUUCUAUGUCACUUAAGAUUCGUUUGGCAAUGGUUUUUGCCUUUCUCAUAUGGUUACAAGUUUUCCAACCUUGCUAGCUCAAUGCUCAGGCACAACCCCAAUCUCAGCCAUCUCUUGUUGUAAUACCCCUUGAC